UUACUUUAUACUCAUAUAAAUAAUGUGAUAAAUUGUCAAAGUGUAUUCGUAGUUUCUGACUUUUUAUAUUUUAUUAAAGCUAUUUUAUACAAUAUGGAAUACCUUUUAGAGUGCUAUUUGGAUAGUUUCAAACAUGAGCCCAGAAACAGUUUGCAUGAUAGAAGAAACAGAAGAAAUAUGGUGGAUUAUAUUAAUGUUUUAAUUCAGGGAUGUGCUGGAGUGGAUAGCACCGAUACACAAAAACCAUGCGAGGAAGCAAUAACAACAUUAAUUCAGUACCACAACAAAUUUAAGAGCGAAAACGGUAGGGUGUGCAUGAUGGGCAAGUAUCACAAUAUCCUAUAUGUUGCAAUGAAACUAUGCUACUUGUGGCAGUUACAAAAUUCUGAUUUGGUUUGUCAAUUACUUAAGGAAAUCUAUGCAUGUGAACAAACUUUCGAACGAAUUCUUAUUGGUGCAUUAUUUGGAACUAAAGCACCACAUUAUAUUGCAGGCUGGAAAAGUGAUUUUGAGAACCAGGAAGAGAAUAUUCGAGGCUUAGUAUAUUUUCUUGAUAAAGCAAAUCUAGGAAAACUUCAAUUGCCUUUUGUGAGUGGCGACACAACCAAACAGUUUAGAUUUGUCGAUUUACCAAUUGAAAGCUGCGGAAAAGCUUCUCCAUUGAAAGUAUGUCUUCAACUGGGCCUACCUGAUAAACUAUUAAUUCUUUUAAGAUUUGGAGCUAUAGCUAUGGAAGAUGAAAAUGAUUUUAGCAAUUUUGAACACAUUAUGAAUAGGUUAAUGGAAUUUAAUCACUGCUAUCCCUAUAACUUAGUAUCCUGCCUGCAGCUAUUAUUAAAAGUGGUACCUUCAUUGCAGUUAAAAUUAAGUGAAGCGGAACCAAAUAAGCUAACUAGGGAUAUUUUAGUUGAAAAAUAUGGUGAUCUCAUAGAAGACGGACUAAUACCUUUAAAUAGAUGCGGAUACAUUCCUCCAGAAUUAAAGCAUCUUUCUAGAUGUGCGAUAAGAUUUGAGUUAUGGAAAAAUUUUAACAUCCCAAAUGGGAUAAGGCAGCUUCCGCUUCCAGAGACCAUGUGGCGAUAUUUGGAUUUAUUAGAAAAUUAAAACUUUUAAAAAAAAUUAAAUAAAUUUUAAAGGGA